GGUAUACAUAACUUACAGCUAGCCAAGCAACUGUUUGACGACGCGAAGUCUGCUUUUACCUCACCGCAGCUUAUGACACACGGCGUGCCGAGUUGAGAUGGGGCUUGGUCCCAGUUUAAUGUUUGGAUUAUGUACACUAAAUGGGUAGAGUAAGGCUGGGCGCAGGAGCGCUGCUUGUCACACUGCUGACAGCGUUCUUCCUGCGCGCCACUCCGGUUGCUGGAGCUGGACCAAGCGAAGAUGAGACUAUAUCUCAGUGCCUGACGGCAUUUUCGGGCUUGACAGGGUGUGCCCCAGCGCUGACGCCUGAAAGCUAUCGGCAUCUUCUGUAUGCUGCUGUCGCCAAAUGCGCUGGCAGGGACACCCUGCAGGUUUUGCGUGUCUGCACUCCAGACUCGUUGCAGCCAGCAGUGGACACAGAGCUGGUGUCGCUGCUGGCGCUGCCAGCGGACGGGGCGACCGACUCCGCCACGAGUAGCAGCCGGAACGCCUCUCUCACGUCGGCGCCUGUUGGGCUGGUCGUGGCUGCAUGCCCCACCAACUGGUCUCUAGCCGAGGCGGCAGCAGCACCAGAAGUGGCCUUUGGGCGCGUUGCAGCCGUGCCGCCAGCAGCCUUGGCAGCAGCAGCAGCAGCACUGUCACCAGCACAUCGGCGACGAGGUCUUCAGUCGCAGUCGCAGCUGCGGCCAGGACUCAUCAUCCAACCGGUCGCGAAUUUUGAAGCCAUGCCGGCGGGCUCGUUGAUGGAACUGGAUGCGCUGCUGUCACUGGACGUGGCGUUUGGUUGGGUGGAUGUGUUGAUGCCGUUGCGGCACAAGCUCAGCGCCAGCCACAACGUAGCGCCGGUGGUGCCAUUGGACGGCACAGCGCUGAUGCUGGUUGCGCGCCAGGACGUGCUGGCGGCGAUGGGCGAGCAGGCCCCGCCAGCCACCUGGAGUGACCUGGCCUUGUUAACGGAGCGCUAUGCUGCGCGGAGGCCGCCCGGGGCGCCGCAGUCAGCGCUGUGCUCCACACCGGGGCCACGGUGUGACGGCUCCGAGCUGUUCACGGCCAUCUGGCACAGCAUUGCGCAGACGCGCGGCGUCAGGCAGGGCGUGUAUUUUGACGCGGGCACGAUGAGGCCCAUGGCGGACAGCGCGGCCUUCGCAGCCACGGCGGCGUUGUUCGCCCGGCUGACGCGUUUGUCCGUGCCUCCGCCGGAGCAGCAGCAGCCGCGAGGAGGGCUCAGCAGUGCGGACGGUGCCGGGGCCGGCGGCUGCGGCUACGCGCACGCGGGGCUACGGGCGGGGCUGUGCGCCAUGGCCGUGGGCAGCCUGGAGCUGAUCAAGGACGUGGCACGCGGCGGUGGCAGCUCGAGCGUGGGCGGCGCCUCCAACGCGUCCGCCCCUGCCUUCAUCGUGGUGCCGCUGCCGGGUUCUGCCUACGUGCAGGACCCAACCGACCCGUCGCGCCUGGCGCCCUGCACUCCAGAGCUGUGCCCCUACGGCGAGGCGGGAGCCGCCCGGCUGGGCUCGCAGCAGGCGCUUGCCGUUGACACGGCCGCCCUGUCGGCAGCUGCAGCUGCGGCAUCUGGGUCAGGAAAGCAAGGGGCUGCGGAGCUUGGGGCGGGAGCUGCGGCUGCCCUAGCAGCGGUUGAGAUGCCGGCGGCGGCGCCAGCGGUGUGCCUCAUCAAUCGGGCGCCGUACGUGCCGAGCUCGCUGUUGGCUGCUGGCGUCAGCGGCAGGAUACCCACCUCGGAGCAAACGCUGGCCUGGGACGCGCUGACCUACCUAGCCGGCACGCACGGCUCGCUACGGCUAAUGCUGGCGCCGGGCUCGGGCGUGGGGCCCUUUCGGAACAGCCACUUCGGCAGCGCUGCCCGGGCGGCCUGGGCGGCAGCGGGCUAUGAGCCGGUACUUGCGAGUGCCGGGCUGGACGCAGCACAGGCAGCGCUGAUGCACGCAAACCUGGCGUGGGGGCUCAACAUGAUGGGUGGCGAGUUCUACCGCUCCGCGCUGUCAUCAUUCUUGGCAAACGCCUCGAUGGCGACGUCCGCCUUCCCCGCCGCCGCCAACACCACUGCGGCGGUGCUGCUGGCGGAGGCGCGCGCGCUACAGCACCGGCUGGAGGAGCACUACAGCCCCGCCGCAGCCUACGCCAGCUACUACUCCGCCUUCCUCACCCUCAGCGACGUCGUUGCGCCCGCGCCGCCUGCAUCCGACGGCGCGCGCAGCAGCGGCGGUGGCUCUUCCAGCCGUGCGGUCGCGCUUGCGGUUGCGCUGGUGGUAGCGGCGCUGGGUUUGCUGGCAGGCGGUGUGUUCCUGGCCAAGCGCUACGGGUGCGGGUUCGGCACGGGGCCUUGCAGGCGCAGGCAGCGGCUGUCGUGGCGCAGCGACGCACCGGGCGCAUCGCCGCGCACCACGCUCCUCAUCACAGAUAUUGAGGGCAGCACGCAACUGUGGGAGGAGCUGCCUGAGCUAUUAAUGAAUGAGGCCCUGCGCAUCCACCACACCACGCUGCGGCGCGUGCUUGUCCGCCACCGCGGUUACGAGAGCGCGACCGAGGGCGACAGCUUCGUAUUGGCGUUCUUCGACCCGCACUCGGCGCUGGCAUUCGCGCUGGAGGCGCAGCAGGAGCUACUAGAGCAGGACUGGCCCGCAGAGCUGCUGGCCAAGCAGGGGUGCGCGCCAAUGUACACCACGGUGCCCGCCGGCUUCCCGCUGCGGCGGCACCAGAACACCGUCCUCAGUCGCAUGACUUACUCCAUGCGGCCGUACACGGGCGGCGGUGGCAGCGCCGCCGCCACGCCGCUGCCCGGCGGCAACGCCUGCAGCACGCCCAACACGCCGCAGAUGGCGGGGCAGAGCGUGCUGGCGCGUCUCGCUAGCCUGGGCCGCGACCGCAGCCUCCUGGACCGCAGCGUGGGCAACGCCGGCGACGUGCCGCCCCCACUUCGCCCCGCCGCGUCGAUGGCGCAGUCGCCGACGCUGGGCAGACGGCUGCGCAACAUGAGCACCGGCGGGCGCCAACGUGCGAGCAUUGACUUCGGUGUGCUGCAGGCCUUCACCAGCAAGCGCGGUUUCGACGUGGGUGCGCCGGUGGCAGCGGCGGCGGGCGCUGCUAGCGCUGCUGCAACGGGAAGCAAGAGCAGCCCUAACAACGUCUUAGCGGCAGCGCUUGUGGCGGACGACGGCGCGCCGCCAGUUGAUAUCUUUGCCAUGACGGCGUCGCCAGUGGUGCCGCCUUCGCCGUCGGCGAUCGCUGCGGCGGCGCUGGCGCUAGUGCAGUCGCCCCACGGGUCGCCGCGCCACAGUCCGCGCCAGGACCCGGCUGGGCUGCGUCGGGACUACAGCCUCGACACCAGCUCGCAGCAGCACAUGUCAGCGCAGCAGCACACAACCCAGGCUAGCGGGUCAGAUCUGAUGCGUGGGCAUGCGGAGAUGUUCACUGACGGCGGCGGCGGUUUCGACACCCAGGCGCUAACGCAGACUCAAGACGCCAUGGAGGAUGGCCGCGCGCUGACGUGGCGCUCCUCGGUAAACAACCUCUCGACGGCGGCGUCAGCCUCGGCCGGCAUCAUCACAGGCCUGCUGGCGACGGCGGAGGCAGACGCUGGGGCUGUGGUGGACGCUGGCCUCAAGGCUGCCGCCAGCGCAGCACUGAGCGGCGGUAGGGAUGCAGGCGCAGCAGACGCCACAGCAACGGAAGGCGCACACGCCGACUCCAGACUGCAAAGCGCCGGCGGCUCCAUGCCGCUUUCCAAGCUGAGGCUCGAGCCGGCGCUGCGGCGUCAGGCGUCUACCGAGACACCACAGUCACGGCACUCCACCUCUGCUGCCGCCACCCCGCGCCGCCCCGGUGCGCUGGCGCUGCAGCUGGCCCAGCUUGCUCAGGCGUCGGCAUCUCUGCUCUUGUCUAGCUCGACACGGCAGCAGCAGCAGCAGCAGCAGCAGCAGCAGCAGCAGCAGCGGCAUGCCUAUCCUCAAACUUCACGCUCCUCCCACCCGCAGCUGCAGUCUCAGUCCGAGCACCAGCGAUCGCAGCUCCAGCAGGUGUCAGCGGUCAGCCAGGAUUCGCAUGCCGAGCGGACAAGUGCCGGCAGCCGCCGGUUGCAAUUGCCGCUGCAGUCCCAGCUGCUGCAGCCACCGCCUGCAGCUGUUGCAUUUGAGUUCACGGACCAGCCGCCGCUGCCUCCACUACACAUGCCCGGGCGCCCUGCUGCCUCGGGGCACGCGCCUCCCGACGACAAGGCUACGCUGAAGACCGCCUCCACCGCCGGAGGCUGCGGCGCGGACACGGCUACAGCCGGCAGCAGCCCGGCUGACAAAAUGGGGCUGUGGCUGCGGCUGUCGCCGUCCCGCCCCAGCGCUGAGCGCCCCACCGGCCCCGCCUCCACCACCGCUUACACCGCCCACACAGGCAGCACUGCCUCAGCCUGGGCCGUCAUCCACAGCGGCGAGGCACAGCACUUCCUUGCAGAGCCAUCCGCUGUCAGCCCCGGGCUCGGCCACGUGCUCAACCACGGCGAAGCCACCGCCGGCGGCGGCGCCACCACCACCGGGGCUGAGUUCACGGCUGCCGCCGCCGCCGAGGCGGCGGAGCUACAAGCCGGCGGCACGCCCGCGUUCCCCAGCCGUAAUGGCACUGCCAACGGCAUGCUCACACCGGCGGCGGCGGGUUACGGCGGAGCUACUCCUGGUGGCGGCGGCGGCCUGCUGAGCGCCGCGGCGCUGGCGGCGAAUGAGCCGCUGUUGAAGCUGUGGGCCUCUCGCGGUGGCGGCAGUCGUGCCGGCCGGCGGAGCCGCGGCGGCAUGAUUACGCCGUCGCACGGCGUGAGCCCCGGCCCGGCGCACAGCGCCUUUACAAGCGCUGACAGGUACCGCACGGGCCCGGGCAUGCUGCAGGCGUCUGCGGCGGCGGCGGCGGCGCCUUGGGAGGUGUGCACGCUAGAGUCGGCGCUCCAGGCGGCGAUGCGGGCGUUCGACGAGGGCACGAUCGGUGACCGCAAGCGGCGACUGCUGUGGCGCGGUCUGCGCGUCAGAAUGGGCCUGCACAGCGGCGUGGCCAGUGAGGCGGAGGUGACGCACAACCGCGCCAGCGCACGCACCGUGUAUAGCGGCGAGGGCGCGGCUGUGGUGCGGGCCGUGGCGGACAGCGCCCAGGGCGGCAUGGUGCUCCUGUCGGAAGCAGCAGUGGACGCCAUUGACGCCGGCGGCGGCCUGCAUGGCACAGCCGCUAACGACGCGCUGUUGGUGUCGCUGGGCCGCUACCGCAUCCGCCACCGUGACCGUGCCAUCUCGCUCUUCCUCGCCGCAUCGCCCGAUCUUGCGCCGCGGGCUGCGCUGCUACCGCCGCCGCGCAACGUUACGCCUCUGGGUCUGACACUGCACCACGCACCCGUCGGCCGCGCGGCGCUGGCGGGGCUGUCACUGCCCGACGUCGCCGCCCUAACGGAGUGGGACGCCGCCGCCACGGCGGCGGCGCUGGGUGUGGUGGAGCGCGUGUUGGCGGAGCAGCUGGCGGCACACCGCGGCUACCUGGUGCGGCGUGACCGUGACACGGGGGCGCUGCUGGCGGCGUUCGCCUUCCCGCUUGACGCCGUGCGCUGGGCGCUGCACUGCCGUGAGGCGCUGGCGGCGCCAGAGCUGGAGUGGCCGGCGGGCCUACUGGAGCACGAGGCGUGCCGCGAGGGCGUGCUGGUCAACGGCGGCGUGAACUCGGUGGGGCCAGUUGCGGCAGCAGCUGCGGCAGCUGCAGUGGGGGCCACCAGUAAUGGCGGUGGCGGCGGUGCAACGCUUAGCGGAAGUUUGUUUGCAGCGCUGGGGACGCUGGGUUACAGCGCGCGCCACACCAAUGGAGGCGGCGUCGCCGGGUCUCAUGGCGGCGAUGCACCGAGCGGAGGCGGCCCGCGUUCCGCUGCGACGGGCGGUCUCGCCCACAGCGGCAGCUACGGGCUGCUGCCUUCGCCGCUGAUGUCGGUGGCGGGCCGCAGCGGUGCCGCGCGGCCGUCAACGGAGCUGGCACGCGCACUGACCGCCGCCUGCGACAGCCAGUCGCCCUGGGCUGCGCCUCUUGCGGCGCCGGUGGUGCCCUCAGGCUCGCGCAGUGUCGGCGUCGGCAUCAGCGGGGGCGGGGCGGGCGGCAGCGGCUGUGGCUACGGAGCCCAUCCCGUUGCUGCCGGCGGCAGCGGUACCGGCGCCGGCUUCGCAACGACAAGCCUUGCGACCGGCGAUAGCCUCAUCGUGCCGCUGCCCAUUGACACGCCGCGCACGCCCGCGUCUGUGGGCGCCGGUGGCGCCGCGUUCGGUGGCGGCGGCCACAGCGGCUGCGUCGGGAGCACCAGCGCCACUGGCAUGUUGGGCACCGCCUUCUCGUCCCGACAUUCGCAGCGCCCGUCCUCGGCUCGCCCCAGCACCUCCGCCGAGCUCGACUCAGGGCAGGCGGCCCUGGCGGCGGCGGCCGCCGCAGCCAUGCUCACCGGGGCCACCUCCGCUGGCAGCACUAUGCAUGGGCCGCUGGGGGGGCAGGCCUCAUCGGGCGGGGACACGGCGCUGCCCUGGGUAUCCGCAGCCGGGACGGGGGCCAAUGGCGCAGCAGCUGCAACCGGCGCCGCGGGUGGCGCCGCGGUGCUCCGGCCGCCAUGGGCCCUGCGCACCAGCGGCGCCAGCAGCGGCGGCCGGCCCAGUAUGGCCGCCAACAGCCGCACCUGGGGCAGCACGAGCAGGCCGGCGGCUGCGCCUUGCGGUUGCGGUGGCAGCGGCGACGAAGGCAACGGCAGUGGGCCCGUCAACGCGCUGCACGGCGGCCAGUUUGGCAACAGCCGCCUGUCGCUGCAGGUCGUUUCUACAGGCGACGCGCGCGCUGGCCAGGGCGGCGGCAGCGCUGGAGGCAGCACCGCGCGUGCGGCUGGCGCUAGCAACUAUGUCAGCAGCCCUUGCGGCGGGCCAGGCAAUGGGAGCUCGCCAGGCACCACUGACGCCGCCGCGGUCGCCGCGACGACCGCGAUCGCGACCACCAGUGCGGCCGAGGAGGGCGGCGCCACGCCAGGGACCUCGCCGCCCGAUGGCAGCGGUCGCACGCUGCGCGCAGCGCGGCUGUCGCUGCGCUCCGCAUUCGGCGACAAGGUGGCAGCUCUGUCGUCACGCUGGCGCGCAACUGCCAACAGCUACUUCGAGGUGGUGGGGACGGGGAUGGGGUCAGCCGUACGCUCCAGCAUGGCGGCCAGCGGCGGUGGUGCCGGCACCUCCGGUUGCGUGCUGCCUGACGCCGCCGGCUCCGCUCGGAUGGCGGACCAGCAGACCACGCUCACCGAUUCGGCCGCCGCAAACGCGCUCUUUGGCAUCAACGCCAGCGAGGCUGGCGGCGGCAUCGGCUUCGUCGGCGGCGCGGGGUCGUCAGCUCUAGGGCGGCAGGCCGGCAGCAGCGCAGGCUACCACAUGUGCACGUUGUCGGUGAUGCUGCCGCUUCCGCCACCGCCGCCCACCGCCACCGCGCUGCCAUCGUCGACCGGCACCACGCCCACGACCGCCAUACCUGGCGUGGGCGGCGGCGCAGGCCACGGCACCGGCGGGCCCGGCACCGGCACUGCUACGGCAACCGGCGGCUACAGCAGAGUGUUCGCCCCGGGCGCUACGGCCGGCGCGGGCGUCAGUCCCCGUGAGGCGACAAUGCCGGGCAGCGCCGGCGGCGCGCUCAGCAGCAGCGCGGCUGCCGCGGCCGCCGGCGGCGGCGGCGGCGACGGCCGCACGCCCAAGGGCCUCACGGUGAAGACCACCGGCCCGGCGCAGUGGCAGUCGGCGGAGGCCGACGGCGACGGCGGCGACAUGUUCUUUGAGCACCUGGGCGGCAUGGACGGGCUGGGGCCAUUCGGCCGCGCCGGCGGCGCCUCCACCUCGGGCGCAUUCGCCAUGUUCGGCGGCGGCAAUGGCGGCGGCGGCGGCGGCGGCGGCCCCGCCCCGGGUCCGUCGCCGCCGCUGCUUGGCGACUACGGCACAGGGCUGAAUGAGACGGUGGUGCUGCGCGGGCCCAGGAUCCGUGUGGGCAUCGACUGCGGCCCUGUGGACUGGUCCGUGUCGCCCGCCAGCCACACGCUGGCCUACACCGGCGCGCCCGCCACCACGGCGGAGAAGCUGGCGGCGGCGGCCGUGCCGGGGCAGGUGCUCGCCACGUACGACGUCAUGUGCGAGCUACACCGCAUGCAGGCCACACUGGUGGCGCAGCGGACGGAGUUCGGCAUGGACACGGCGGGCUUCGGUGGGGGUCUGGGCGGCGGCGGCGGCGGCCUGGGCCUCGGGGCCUUCGAGAGCCUGGCAGAGGACGGAGCCAUGGACUCGCCGGGGACGGCAAGCCCGGGCACCGCAGCCAUUGCCGCCGGCACGUCAGGCGCAGGCGGGGCCUUCGGCUACCGCGGUGGCGGCGGCAGCACCAGCCUCCGCGGCCCCGCGGUGGUGGGCGUGAUGCUGCAGCCGGCCGCCGGCCGCGCCGCCAGACACCGCCGCCACCUUGUGUUUUCGUGCAGGUUCACAUACGACUGGACGGAGGCGCUGCACGAGCACGACGCGCUGCUGUCACGACAGCCGACCGGCCUGCUCAGCGCUGGCGGUGCUGGCGCUGGUGCUGGCGGCGGUGGCAUCGGCGUGAGCGGCGCAUACGCCUCUGCCGGCGCCGCCACCGGUGGCAGCCCACACCAUACCGCUGCCCACAGUGCUGCCCUUGCUGCUGCCACUCCUGUGGGGACGCCGGGCCGCUUCUCACCCUUCUCCUCCCCUUGGAACUGGUCCACCGCGCGCCUGACGCGCAAGCGCGUCACCGGCGCCGCCCCCAGCGCCAGCGCUACGGCUGCCGCUGCCGCGGCGGCGGCGGCGGCGGACCGCGGCCGCUUAAGUCUGGACUCCCGAGGGAGCUUUGACGUGGGCGGCAUGACCUACACCUUCGGCGGGCCUGCCUCCGGUGGCGGCGCCGCGCCCUCGACGCCGUUAUCAUCACUGCAGACGGCGCACGCGGCGGCAGCCAGGCUGCAACAGCAGCAGCAAUGGCAGUCUUAUGCUGCAAGCGCCAGGCAGGCUGGGCUGGGCGGUAGCGCCAGCUUUGCCUACGGCUCCAGUGCUCGCAGCCACGCGCCGGGCGCGGGUGGUGCGUACUACCCACCCGGCGCCCUAAUGCCCAACACUUCAAACGCUGCGGCCGCUGCCGCUGCAGCGGCGGGCGGCCUGGCGGCACCUUCGGCAUCACCUGCGCUGUCGCCUCGUGGCAUGGCGACAGAUGGGGCAGGCUUUGGGCUGCGGCGGGGUUCGCCGGCAACCGGGCGCGCACCCAACGGCAUUGCGGCAGGCGGGGCUAUGGGCACGGCGGCCGCACACGGCCGCCAGCUGCCAGGCCCUGCAGCUUGCAGCGGCGGGAGUGGUGUUGACGGGCAGUCCCGCCUGGCGUGGCAAACGCACCUGCCGCCGUCAUCGUGGGCUGCUCUGCAGGCUGCGGCGCAGGCGCAGCGCCACCACCAGCAGCGCGGCGGCGGCGGCAUUGCGCUGUCGGCGCCAUGCAACAUCGUGGCAACGGCGUACAACCCGACGCCGCUGCAGCUGCAGCCGCCAGCGCUGCAGCCGCAGCCGGUGCACAAGCAAAGCAUCCACAGCUCCACCAUUAUGCUUCCGUCCGGAGGCCCGAGCUCCAAUCAGACGUCGACACCGCUGCCGGCAGCCACUGCCAGUGCCCCCAGCGCUGACGCCGGCAACGGCGCCGCCCAAUUCAUUCCGUGUGCGUAUGCGCCCACGGCGGCCUACUCGCAGCAGCUGGCGCGCAACGGCAGCGGCGCGCUGCCGGCGGCGUUGCAUCAGCAGGAGUACCUGACGGCGCCGUCGCCAUCAGCGGUGCUGACGGCACGCGUCAGCGCCUCGCCUCCAGGCAGCAGCAGCCCGCGUGGCGCGCUCUCGGCGGGCUCGGGCGCGACGUCGACGCCCCUGGCCAUGCCGCCGCCGCUGUCGCGUACCGGCGGCAGCGGCGGCGUCGCGGCGGCGGGCACGCCCACGCUGCCUGUGCACCCGCGCUGGCUUGCGCCGAACCACUCGCUGCACAACAUCAACCACCAUCACGGCGGAGGUGGCGGCAGUGGCUCGCCGCCGAACCAGCAAUAUGGCAACUUCGCGCUGAUGCGACUGGCCCGGACAAAGUCCGGAGACCCUGACACGCCUGCCGCCGCCGCGGCGGCCGCGGGCGCCAGCGGCAGCUUCGGACAGGGCUACUACGGUUUUGGCGGCGCUGCUGCAGGCGGCGGCAACGCGGGCGAUUCGGCGUCGCUGCGACACAACCUGCAGCACGCCGGCACCUCGCACUCGCUGAUGUCGGGCAGCAUCAGCCUCAACGCCAACGCGUUCGCCAGCAGCCUCAGCUUCGGUGCAGUGGGGCUGGGUGGUGGUGGCGGCGGCGGCAGCAUCGGGUACAUGGCCGGCGGCGGCGCAGCCGGCGCACGUGAGCUGACGGAGCUUGGCGCGCUGGAAGAGGUGGACGAGGAGGAGGCAGGCACGGGCACGUUGUCUCAGAUGACGUCCCCGCGCGUGGGCGCGCCACAGCAGCACCGGUCAUCGCCGACCGGUCGGCCGUCGCUGUCCCCGCACCUGCAGCCGCCGGCGUCGCGGUUCAGCGCGCUGCAGGCCCGCUGGGGCGCCGAGCUCGAGGGCGCCAGCUCCACGCCCUCAACUCCCGCAGUGCCCCCAGGGUCCUCCCCGGCCUCGCAUGGCGUCACCUCGCUGCACAGCGGGCCUGGGGCAGGCCAGGCGUCGCCCCUGGCUACGGCGGGUGCAGCGAGGCAGUCGCCGCGGCCGCCGUCGGGCGUGGCGCCUUCCGGCGCGAGCGAGUUCUCCUCCGGCGUUGUUGGCCUGCUGACACCAAUGGCACAGGAGCCGCCAGCGGCAGGGGCACACGGCAGCCUGCCGCCGCUUCCGUUGCUGCUGCAGUCGCCCUCGCACGCCCGCUCCUCGACCUCGCGGUCAUCGCUGGGCUCGGUAGUGGCGGUGCAGUCCCAGGCAGAUCACCCAGGCCCUGAUGCGGGUGCGGGCUCGGGCGCAGGCGCAGCCUCGGCCUCGGGCGCGGCCCCUGCGGUUGUUGACGACCGGCUUGGCGGCUUGAUAUGGAGCGCAGGCGCUGGUGCCACCGUCACCAGCGGCCCCGGCGGCAGGGGUGCGAACAGUGCAGGAGGGGAUGUGGUGGCUGCUUCGUCUAGCAGGCCGAGCUCUGCUGUGGCGAGCCCAACCGCGGCCGCCGUGGCGGCGGCCGCUGCAGCCGCCGCCCUGGCGAGCGGGCUGGGUGCCCCCGGCGACUGGGGAAGCGACGAGAAGCUGCAUCAGGCGCUAUGGCAGCACCAGCAGCAGCAGGCGCGACGGAACAUGCUGGCACACCAGCAGAGCGACAGCCCGAAGGGUGGCAGCCCCGGUGCACAGGGGGCUCCUGCGGUGGCGGCUGGCUGGGUUGCUGGUCAGAGGCGGGCAACCUCGUUGGAGUCUGCUACAGGGCAAGCAGCGGCGGCGGGCGAGUCACAGCGUGGGCACCUAGGCGUCACGCCCACGGCGUCCACACGCUCGGCAUGGCUUGAGUUGGAUGUGGGCGGCUCGAUGCAAGGCCACGGCCAAGGCCUCACCCAUGGCAGUGGUGGCGGCGGUGGUGGCAGCGGCUGGCAUGCCGAAGUGGCGAAUGCGGCCGCCCAGCAGUACGGCGGCCGCGGGGGCGCAGCAGGCAGCAACUUGAACUCUGCGCCGGCCAGGGCCGAGGAGCUCAACCCGGCCGUGCCCGCCUCCCGCAUUGCUGCUGUGGCUGCAAGCAGCCUGUUUGCGCCGGCAAUUGGCGCCGUCCAGGCAACACGUCAGGCUGCCACCAACGACGGCAACGUCAUGGCGGCGUCAGCUGCUGCAGCGGCGGCGCCAGCCAACCAGCAGCCUGGUCCGACGGACCAGGGCGAUGCCGGCCACUGGGUCGCGACUAGCGCCGGCAGUGCCGCUGGUGCGGGCUCUGGCGUCUUCCUCGCCGCCGCCAGCAGCGGGAGCAGCGCGGCCACCGUCGGGAGCGGAUUCACGUCAGCUGCCGUGCACGCUGGCUCGACACGCCUCGGUGCAAAUGCGCCGUGGCCCAAGCCCGGCGUGUCGGCAAGGCGACACCCUCGCGCCUCUGGCGACGGCGCCGCGUUGCCGCCGGUGGCUGAAGGGCCCCCCGGCCGGCCGAGGUCAGCUGCGCCGCUGCCUGCCGGCCUGGACGAUGACUUGGAGCUGGGCGGCACCUUUGAGGUGAUGCGCCGUCCGCCCAUGAUAGACGGCAUUUACUCUUCGCCGCGUGCCUUCGGAUCGGGAGCAAACCAGGCGCUACUAAGCAGUGGCGGCGGCGCCGGUGGCAGCCUGAGCUUGUUUGGGCACGAGGCCGGCGCCGACUCGGGCACAGGCCUUGGAAGCUUUGGCGCGUCAGGGCAAAUGUGGCUGCUAGGGUCGGGCAAAGGCACUGGCGGCCGCAACGGGACGGGUGGCGGCGGCAGCGGCGGCAACGGCAACGGGAGCGCGGUGUGGGGUCUCGCUGGUGGAGGUGCCGCGGUGCCCGCGCCCUUGGGCGCGCAUGAACUCCAUCCGCACCACAGGCCAACGGGGCCGCCGCCGCCCUCUGAGCCCUUACUGCCAUCCGCGCAGUGACUUGGCCCUGCUGUGUCGCCCGGGAACGCAGUGGCGUGUGUCGGCUCCGGCCUCGGCUCGGCCGGCAGCUCGGCUGCUGGCUUGGGCCGCACGAGAGCAAGCAUCUGCGCAAGCUCUGUUGACAAGGGCUCAACGGCCGCAUUCGCAUCGCACGGGGGCAGCAGGCGGGGCAUGGUGCCAGCAGUGGGCUCGCGUGGUGACGCCGGCAGCGGCGCGCGGAUGAGCGGCGCCCAGGUGCCCGUGUGCGAGAGCGUGAGCCUUUGCUGGGGAUGGGCCCUGGCGCGGACGGCUCCGAGCCCUCGGGCAGCAUGCGCUUUGGCGGCGGGAGCAGCCUGGUCGUGGUCGGUGGCGCUGGCAUGGCAGGAGGGAGUGGGUGGAGGCGGACGCGGCUCCAGCAUGGCUAUGGGCGGUGGUGGUGGCAGCUCCGACAGCAGCCCCCGCAGCGGCAGCAGUGCGGCGCGCGCGGUUGAGCAGCGCUUAUUGGAGGCCUGUGGUAUGGUGCCGCACCUUGCGGCUCGAGUGCCACCACAUAUGGCGAACCGCGGCACUCGGGGCCGGGAUGGCGGUGAGCAGAGCUCCGGCUCACGGCGGGGGCUGCCGCGUAGGGAGGCGGCCGCUGUGAAGGCGGCGGGCGGAGCUGGCGGGGAGCGUGGGAUGCAGCCGUCGCCGCACACGGCUUAAGGCCGGCGGAUGGAGAACUACUGAACAUGUGCAAGUGUGCACACGUAGGCCAGAUGGAGUAGGGCAGGUGGGCGGCGUAUAACUGCCUGCACUCGAAACUUUGUGUGGGAGGCGCAUGGCGCAGCUGGCGGCGGCUGCAAUAAUCGAAUCAGGUUGUGCUGGGCCAGCCUCUCUCCCAGAUUGCUAUGAGCAGUUGUAGGUUGUGAAAUUUCCUAAAGUUGAGACGUUUGCUUUGCCAUGCGGCCGUGGCUUGCAAUAGACGCAGUACGCCAAAAAGUUUUCGGCUACCCAGACAGGGGCUGUUUGUUGGCUUGGGGCUGUUGGACUGCGAAUUGUCACGACACACUACCUGACGCUCGACAUGCGACGGCUUUCACACUGCCUUUUGGGCCCUUGUAUGGCGCGUGGGGUGAUCCUACUUUAACGAAGGAUUUCAGGAAUUUUGACGCGAAGAAACAUGCAGACAAAGUGUACUGUGGCGUUGAGGGAUGUUAAGACUGCCCACGUAGGCAAGCACAUAGGAAACACCUGUAUGUGGUCCAAUCUGGCAGUAACUACGGUGGCACCAUGUGGUAGCGGUGUGCAAUCGCGAUCAGCUUAGCUGAUUACCGCAUCCCAUUCCAAUUCAAAGCUUCCCAUUUGUUUUUACGUAGCUAUAUGCUGAUCUUCGUGGCGGAUUUUAGGGGCUGCCGCGCAAUGCAUCAAGUGAAUCAUGCAGUACCAUCUGACACUCCCACAAUGCCACGACGCAACAAGUGUGUGCGGAGAGUAUGCCGGUCUGUUGGUUGCCACUGCACGCAACGGCCGGCAGGAUGUGUGCGAUGGUAAGGCUGAGCGUCGGGAAUACCGCUUGGUCCUUAGUUUCGUCUCCGUGGACAGUUGCUAGGACGGUAGUGCGACAACACGACACCGCAAAGC